UGAGAUCCUGCACAGACCCACGCUGCUGCUGCUGCUGCUGCUGCUGCUGGAACCUGAACCGGCUCCUGCAGGGGAAAGAUGGGGAAGAAGAGCGAGAUCAACGGCCACGCGUCCAUGACGCACAUCCUGGAGCAGGACGGUCCUGGGAGCCCCGGGCCCCCCGGGCCCCCGCGGAGCCUCGGGUCCCGGCUCCUGGGCUCCCUGCAGAGGAACCUGCUGGUGAUCCUGACGGUGUCGGGGGUGCUGGUGGGCGCGGGUCUGGGCACGGCGGUGCGGGGGCUGGACCUGCCCCUGACCCGGGCCCAGGUGUCCUACCUGUCCUUCCCCGGGGAGAUGCUGCUGCGCAUGCUGCGCAUGCUCAUCCUGCCCCUGGUGCUGUGCUCGCUGGUGUCGGGGGCGGCCAGCCUGGACCCCCGCGCCCUGGGCCGCCUGGGCGGGGUGGCCGUGGGGUACUUCCUGGGCACCACGCUGCUGGCCUCGGGGCUGGGGGUGGCCCUGGCCCUGCUGAUCCGGCCCGGGGAGGGGGCGGGGGCCGGGGGGCCCGGGGCCGGGGCCGGGGCCGCCCUGGAGGGGCUGGAGGGAAUCACCGGGGGGAAGGAGACGGCAGACUCGUUCCUGGACCUGGUGAGGAAUCUGUUUCCAUCGAACUUGGUGGCGGCGGCUUUCCGUUCUUAUGCCACUGACUAUAAGAUGGUUCCUGUGGGGAAUACGACCAACGGGACGACCCUCUACGAGAAAGUUCCCUUCGGGACGGAGCCGGACGGCAUGAACAUCCUGGGUCUGGUUCUGUUUGCCAUGGUGUUUGGCGUGGCGCUGCGUAAACUGGGGCCGGAGGGAGAGGAACUGAUCCGCUUCUUCAACGCCUUCAACGAGGCCACCAUGGUGCUGGUGUCCUGGGUCAUGUGGUACAUCCCGUUUGGCAUCAUGUUUCUGGUGGGCAGUAAGAUCGUGGAGAUGGACAACGUGGUCCUUCUGGUCGCCAGUCUGGGGAAAUACAUCUUCGCCUCGAUCCUGGGCCACGUGAUCCACGGAGGCGUCGUCCUCCCGCUCAUCUACUUCGCAUUCACGCGCAAGAACCCGUACAGCUUCCUGUCGGGCCUGAUCGCACCGUUCACCACCGCCUUCGCCACCUGCUCCAGCUCGGCCACUCUUCCCUCCAUGAUCAAGUGCGUGGAGGAAAACAACGGCGUGGACAAACGGAUCAGCCGCUUCAUCCUGCCCAUCGGGGCCACGGUGAACAUGGACGGAGCCGCCAUCUUCCAGUGCGUGGCCGCCGUCUUCAUCGCUCAGCUCAACAACACGGAGCUCAACGCCGGGCAGAUCUUCACCAUCCUGGUGACGGCCACGGCCUCCAGCGUCGGGGCGGCAGGAAUCCCCGCCGGCGGCAUCAUCACCAUCGCCAUCAUCCUGGAGGCCAUCGGCCUGCCCACCAACGACCUGUCGCUCAUGCUGGCCGUCGACUGGAUCGUGGACCGCACGACCACCGUGGUGAACGUGGAGGGCGACGCGCUCGGCGCGGGAAUCCUGCACCACAUCAACCAGCAGGAGACGAGGAAGCAGCAGCGGGAGGACGAGGACCUGGCGGAGGUCCGGGUGGAGGCGGUGGCCAACGCCCAGGCGGAGGAGGAGACGUCGCCACUCGUCACGCACCAAACCAAGACUGUGGAGGUCACGCCGGAGGCCAUCGAGUCCGUUCUCUGAGCUCAAUCAGACGUUUCCUUUCUCCUUUUUUAAGAAAAAACAACCCUCACCGCUUGACCUUCGACAUCUCCGAUGUCCCCGAGGACGACACCGGUAGAACUGUGUCCAUGAAAAUGAAAAAGCUAUCGAUAAAGUCACAUUUGAGGUUGAAAAAGGCCAUAAAGUCCGUCUGGAGCAGAGGCCGUCUCCAUGGCGACUGUUUUCAAUCAUAUUAGGAGACAAUAAUUAACUCUUUAAUACUUUAAUAGUGAUUUAACUCCUAUAAUUUUUACAUAGACCAAAAGCAUUCCCAUAAAUGUUCUGUAAGUACUUAUGACCAUCAUUUCUGUUCACUUGUUUCUUUGGUUUUUGAAGCCAGAACUUCAGAUCAAGCUCCGACUUCUACUGGGCUGAUUAUCCGCCGUGCUGCUGUUAUUGUUGUUGUUUUGGAUUUGGAUACAGGAAGAAGAAGCGGAAAUGACGGGAAUUGCGUCAUGACGUUCUCCGUGCAUCGCUGGUUUGAUCCAGAUAAAUGAUUAAUCACCAUGUUUACAGGGCUAACAGAGCUAACCCUGUUAGCUCAGCAUGGAAACACAUUAUUCACAAUGUUUCAGUAACCGGAAUAUUGACCUUAACCCCAAUCUUGACUGCAUGUAAACAUAGUCUAUGUUUCCAAGAGCAGAUGUUUUUGUUUGGUCAUCGGUGGCUGUUGAAACCAUUUUUUAAGAAGAGCUGCUUGUUUUUUAACGAGCAAAGUGAGCGCCGGGGUUCACCUGGUGCUUUCCGUGAUGUAAGGGACAGAAACUGUUGCCAUAGCUAAUGUCCGCUCAGUCCAGAGUUCGGUUCAGAGAAGAUGUGCCAAAGUAUGAACCUCCCAGACCUGAAGGAAUGUUGAGCCGCAUUUUGUAAUAACGGUGCAUUUUGUAAUUAAACGUCCAAAAUGUAAUAACUUGCCACUGCCACAUUUUGUAAUAAACUACCCCAACGCAUUUUGCAAUAGAUUUUGCCGCAUUAUGUAAUAAAUUAUUACAUUUUGAGAAGAUUAUUACAAAAUGCACUUGCAACUUUUUUAUUCUCUAGAAAAUUAAAUAAAAUGAUGCAUUAUGUAAUAACAAUUCUAAAGCAUAGUUUGUUUGUUUGUUAUUGGCCUAUAUAAUUCUAACUAAAGCCAUAUUUGGAGUUUUAUACAUAGAUUUAUUGGGCUACAUAGCUCUAAGGGAAAUUGCAUAAAAAACAACAAAAGUCACUCUUGUAUAAAUUCAUUGUUAAACAAAUAACAAUAAUAGGGAUUAUUACAUAAUUAUUACAUAAUGCACCGUGUUAUUACAUUU